AUGGCGAAAACUCUCCCGCCAGGAGUUUACGCUCCUCUACCAGCAUUCUUUAAUGAUAAGGAUGAGUUGGAUGUCGCUACACCAGGAGUUAUUCCCGUUGUCUCCGCUACAAUGGGAGAGGCCGCACAUUUGGAUCGCCAAGAGCGCAUACAACUGAUCCGGGCUCUCCGGUCCGCGCUUGAUGAAAAUGAGCUCCGCCAGACGCCAAUUGUAGCCGGGGUAGGUGCGACAAGCACUCGAGAGACCAUUAGUCUCGCGAAAGAUGCGGCGACUGCUGGUGCCGAUUUUGUACUCGUUAUAGCGCCAAGCUACUUUGCGAGUGCAUUAAAGGCAAACCCGACUGCGAUUAAGACAUUCUUCAUUGAUGUGGCCUCUGAAUCGCCAGUGCCAGUGGUUAUCUACAACUUUCCGCCAGUUGCAGGGGGUAUCGAUCUGACGAGUAACGACAUUGUGGAUAUUGCAAGGGCUGCACCAAAUAUCCGAGGUGUUAUGCUAUCCUGUGGUAAUGUUGGAAAAGUCUCAAGGAUUACAAGCCUUGUAGACGAAUCUUUCAGGACAAUCGCCGGGUUCAUCGACUUCUUACUUCCGUCUAUUUCGGUUGGGUCCGCCGGUGCUAUUAGCCCAUUACCGAACCUUGUACCAGAUUUUGCUAUGGAGUUGUGGCGCAGUACCGAAAACCUGGAUGGUCCUGCAGAUUGGGCGAAAGCCAGGCGACUCCAAGAAACAGCCUCUUUGGCCGAAGCGGAACUAUUGGGUGGAGGCGUGGCUGGGCUAAAGUACUUGCUUAGCCAGCAGUUCGGAUACCCUGCGGCACCCAGACUCCCACUGCAGCCUUUGAGCGAGGAUGCAGCGGCCCGUUUAUCUAAUAGCAAGUACUUGAAGGGUUUAAUGGAAGAAAGAUAGAGACAGUGUUCUCUCAACAGUGAUAGGAAUAGUGACAGCUCGAUAGUGUAACUCGGCCACUUAG